CCAAACCACAGAACUUCUCUGUUACUUCCCAAUAGCCACAUCCCCCUCUCCCUUUGCUUAUCCCGGCUAACACUGUGCCCGUUAGCAUCAUGGCCUCCUCUCGCCCGCCAACGGCGAAGCUUCUCGAUCUCGAUCUAACCAUAGUUUCCGCCAAGCACCUCAAGAACGUCAACUGGAAAAACGGCGACCUCAAGGCCUACGCCGUCUUCUGGCUGGAUCCCGAUCGGAGGCUCUCUACCAAGUCCGAUGACUCCGGUUCUACCAAACCCGUUUGGAACGAGCGCUUCACGCUUCCUCUCCCUCUUCCUCUACAGGAAUCUUAUCUUACCCUCGAUAUCUUCCACUCCAAGCCCAGCGAAACCCCCAAACCCCUUGUCGGCACCCUCCGGGUACCGUUAAAGGAACUUCCCUACCCGGAUGACUUGGCCCGGAUUCGAACUUUUGAGCUGACCCGCCCAUCUGGUCGGCCUCAAGGGAAGAUCAGGGUAAAGCUCGGUUUACGCGAACGGCCUUUGCCACCCCCUCCUCCGCCUCCGGCAGGUUUUGAUUACCACCAUAUUAUCCCUUCACAAAACUAUUAUUACAACACUGCCCCUAUGCCUUCCCCUCCUGCGCCGCGUGAUUACAGGUUCGGGCCGACAAUACCGUCGCCUCCCUCGUCCUCACCCGCACCCCCGCUUUCUCCAUACUCAUCUUAUCACGAUGGUUAUCCUCCUUAUUAUUCGGGAUAUUACUCCUCGGCCCCACCCCCGCCAAGACCCAUCUUUGAUCGGACUGGCAGUUACGGUGGGCCUUCUGCGCCGGUUGAUUAUUCAGCGUAUGAUCAGAGACAGAAAGGAGGGAAGAUGGGGUUUGGUACAGGAUUGGCUGUGGGCGCGGUUGCUGGGACUCUAGGUGGACUAGCAUUGGACGAAGGAUUGAAAUAUGAAGAGGAGAAGAUCGCAGACAGGGUCGAGAAUGACCUCGCUGGGCGUGAUGAUUAUAGUGAUUAUCGCGUGGAUUAUUGAUGGGUAAAUUGCUGGUUGGGUGAGGCUUUUAAGUGAUAAUAUAUGCUUACUUGUUUGUGAUUCUGAGGCAUAUAUAUAUGUAUAUAUAAAAUCUAUUUGGGAAUUUGGGUGGAAUACCACUUGGUAUUUGAGCAUCUUUUUCAAAAGGAAAUAAAUUCUGGUUUUAAUA